AAGUACAUCAGUAUUUAUAUUAUCUUAAUCAUAUUUCUUUCUUCCUACGACCAAUGCAGAAAAUAAACAAAUCUUUACGUCAAGCUCUAAAAUUAUUCCUCUGCGGAAUUUUUCGGGAUGUGCCGACCCCAGAACCAAAUGGUAUAUAUUAGUUUCGAUCUGUCGGGAACAGCAUUAACCAUCGACUGAGUCGGACAGAAAAUCAUAAAAAUGAAAAUAAUACAAGCAAGCAUACUUCUUUUCUGCGUAUCCAAUGUUGCCAGUUUCGGUAUUCUUCGUCUAUUAAAAGACAUCAUGAAUUCUCGAUCGAGGACUCAUUUUCGAAAUAGAGGUACACCUACAGUAAAUUCUAUAGAUUCAAACAACAUGGACGUCACGUACUGGUAUGAUGAUGGUGGCUCGAGUAGUUCUGAAGAGGGGGGUCUCCACAUUUUACAUCGAUUUAUUGAUGAUUACGAUACUUCAACCGAUUUCGAAACGACCACGUCUUCCUAUUCCCAGUCCGCCACUGAAGACGAUAUUGAAGAUACUGACGAGGCAAAUAAUUCAACAACUACUGAAAAACCAGCCAUAGCUACAGAAGCGACAUCAGAGGAAAAAAAUGAGGUCAGCACAAUCCCAGAGACAACACAAAUAACAAUGACAACAACAAUGAUGGCUUUAGAUGAAAAGACAUCGAAUCCAUCCACUACUACAACAGCGACGUCAGAAGAAGAGAAUGAAGUGAGCCCUACUCAAGAGACAACAACUACUGAUGAAAAUCAAACAGCAUCAACAAUAAUGACAACAACAAUUCCAUUAAAAGAAGGAACAGAAAAAAGCACAGAUGGAAUCACAACGUCAUCGACCAUGCAGACGACAUCUUCACGUGAAGACAUCAGAACAGAGGCAGCUGGUUCCACCACCGCUGCUCCUCCGACUACUACAUACUACAUUACAACAGAUACAUUUAUAGAGGGAGAACUAUCCAAUGACGAUAAAAUUAACAAGACUGAUUUAAAUUCGACAGACGAUCUUAGUAAAAUAAUAGAAGAAUACAAUGAUUAUAUUGAUCAAGGUCCCACCAGAGGUGAUCUGCCGAAUUUCCGAAAGACGACAUCGCAAAAUAUACCGACAACCACCCAAUCUUCUGGUGGUAGUGGAAUCAUAGAUGCGUCCUUAUUUACUGGAAGUGCUUCUAAAAUAAAUAUCAACACUAAUUCACUAUCGAUCUCUAAGGAUAACCCGGUAGACAUUACAUCAGGAAAUAUUGGAAACAUUCCAUCCGACGUAGUGAUUCAGUCCUUAAAUAAUAAACUACAAGUAAAUUCACAAAAAGGACAAAGGAUUGUCUUAGAAAAAACAAUAUCAGGACAACUCGAUGACGCUAACCAGAGAGGAAGAAAUGACGUCAUUAGCACCAGUCCUCCAAAACCCACUGUGUUUUUCACGCCGCCUGGCUCUCAGAAAAAUAUCAUUUCAGAACCACAGAAAAAUAUUUUUUCUGAACGAGUGGCUAAAAUAGGUAACGAUUUUGUUAUUCUGCCAGAUUUCAAAAGUGGAGCAGUUCUUAUAGAACCAAUUGUUUCUUCAAGUAACAUGAAAACUGACACAAUAUCAAACUUUGAUUAUGUACCCUCCAAAACCCUAUCCUACAAAGCAAUUCCUAAAAAUGUUUAA